CAUGCAUUGAUCGUCAGUUCCUUGAACGCACUACAAGUCCGCAAAGUUAAGCAUAAUGAAGUACACAGUUGCUAUUGUCGCCAUCGCCUUCGCCAGCUUGGCCAUUGCUGUCAAUGGAGCACCAGCAACAGCUGGGCAACAAGAAGCUCAGGUUGUCCGCUACGAUUCCGAUGUACAGCCCGAGGGCUAUAAGUUUGCCGUGGAGACAAGCGAUGGCAAAUCACAUCAGGAGGAGGGUCAACUGAAGCAUGUGGGCACCGAUCAUGAGGCGAUUGCAGUGCGUGGCUUCUACACAUAUUUGGGCGAUGAUGGCCAGACCUACACCGUCAACUAUGUGGCCGAUGAAAACGGUUACCAGCCAGAAGGUGAACAUCUGCCGCGUGCUGUUCAAUAAGCAUUUUAAGCAGAUGAAACACAGAUACAUAUGUUAACUAUGUUUAAGACUUUUCUAAAUUUACAAUCAAACAAAAAUAAAAAAGCAAU